AUGGUGCGCCCGUCCCAGCUGCCAAUGGGCCUUGCCCUGACGUUGCUGGCCGCCGUCAACGUUGCGGCAGUUCCUUCCGUCACUGUGGAUAUGAAGGCAGCGUUCCCGUCGGGCCCUUACCUUCUCGAGUUGCUAGAGACUGCCGCAAGUGAGAACGCAACGUCAUACUUCCCUCUACUCGACCGUAUUGCCAGCGGGCAUUUCGGCGACUCCAAGACCGACAAGGAAGUGUACGACAAGUUCCUUCAACUCCUCCGCGAUGACGGACACAUCAAAACGCCCGAUGCCCUCUCGACAUUCAAGUUGGCUCUUUCCUUGAGAACAGCCGCCCCGCGAGUCGAGGCUCACUAUCAAUACUAUCAAACUGCUGUCGAACCGAAGAUCGAGCCCGAUGCCCAGGACGCAUGCCAAGUGUGGGCUGAAUUGGGAGGAAAGCAAUACUGCACCCCAUCCUUAGACAGCCCGCAGGACACGAAACUGACAGAGGCGAAGGCUCUGCCCUUCGAUCGGACUCUGGGUUCAGGCAAUCCAGCCGUCCUCUACGCGGAUCCGACCUCGUCCGCAUUUGGCGCAUUCCACAGUGCGCUAGCGCAGAAGGCCCGCAACGGCGAGAUCGAAUACAGAGUGCGCUACACCAAGCCGCCGGGUAGCUACAACGAUCCGCUACCUGUCAGUGGUUAUGGCGUGGAGCUGGCAUUGAAGAGGACUGAUUACAUCGUGAUUGACGAUCGCGAGGCUCAUGCGGACGACUCCGAAAAGAAGAUCACCUCAGAGGAGGUCUUGGACGCCGAGGAGGAUGUGGCAGACCUGAAGCCUCUGGCAAAGUCGGAGCUUGAGCAACUCGGCUUGAAGGCAGCUUCGUUCGUCAUGCAGAAUCAGAAGCCCUUCGAUGCUUUGCUCAAGCUCACGCAGGAUUUCCCCAAGUUUUCAGCGUCGAUUGCUGCGCAUAACGUUUCGGACAAGUUUCUCGCCGAGCACCAACAAAACCGUCAACAACUCGUCCCGAGCGGCAUGAAUGUGCUUUGGAUGAACGGCGUUCAGCUCAUUGAACGUCAAAUCGAGGCUUUUACUCUGAUCGACCUUCUCCGCCGCGAACGCAAGCUCAUUGAUGGCGUUCGCGACCUUGGAUUCACCGGUGGCCAGGCCGUGGCCCUUUUGGGCCAUCCUAAGGUUGCCGAGUCCAAGGCAGAAGACGAGCCUCCACGGUUUGACUGGACGGAUGACAUUGAAGAGGGUAAGGUUAUCAUCUUUCUCAAUGAUCUUGAGAAGGAUGAGCAGUAUGAGAACUUCCCUACGGACCUCAUGUCGCUCCUCCAACGCGUCUAUCCUGGCCAGCUUCCUCCCGUCCGCCGAGAUAUCUUCAAUCUCAUCGUCCCCGUCGACUUCUCCAAGGUCGAUGACCUAAGUGUCGUCGCCCAGCUCAAUUCCUUUGUGAAGCGAAAACUUCCCCUCCGAUUCGGUCUGGUCCCCUUGACUCCUACAGAGGAGGCCACCGGCAUCGCCAAGAUCCUCUACUACCUCCUUGACAGCUACGGUAUGGACGCGUUCGUCGACUACUUGGACAUUGCUUUGCAAGAUUCCAAGACCGACAAGGCCGAUGCAACUGUCUUCGAAAAGGCUAUCAAGGAUCGUGAACUGCUGCCUGAAGCCACGGCUGUUACUUUUGACGACGUGUUGCAGUCUGAAGGAGCUCAACAGGUGAUUAAACUCGCUCAGCACUGGGUCAAGAGACUCAACGCCAACACUCCCGUCCCCCCAGUGUUCAUCGAUGGCGUUCCAGUCCCGAGAGAGAACAACUGGCUACAGGCGAUGAGCGUGAAGGCCGCAAAUGAUUUGCAAACGAUUCAGCGCGCUGUCUACAUGGGCAUGAUUGACGACGAGAUGUGGGUUCCGGACUUUUUUAUUGAGAAGGCCGUUAAGAGACGCAACACGUACAUCUACCCCGAGGACGACAAGUCUCUCAAGAUCUUGGAUGUCAACAAGAUUUAUACCGAUCAUGACGAUCUCUUCAGCAAGGUUCCAGUCAUUGAGGCAUACGCCGACUCUACCAAGGAGAAUUGGGCAGUUUUGACGGUUGUUACUGACGUUACCACCGACGCUGGAGCUGAGCUUCUUCUCUCUGCACUGGACUUCCGCCGGAACAACCCUGGCAUUCGCCUCGACAUCCUCCAUAACCCUGAAAGCUCUGCUACGGCUGCUGCAGUGAACACUGCAUUGAAGAACAAUGACAAGCCUAUCAAGGUCGAGACUCCGGCUGACAUCAAGGCGAUUGUCGAGAAAGCUGGUAGCGACACCGAUGCAAUGCACACCGCAGCAUUGAACGAUUUCCUAUCUUUCGCUGCCAUCAAGCCCGGAUCGAAUGUACUCAUUCUGAACGGACGAGUAGUCGGACCCUUCACCGCCGACGAGCCUUUCGAGGCCGACGACUUCCAGUACCUCCUCGACUUCGAACAGAAGGCUCGUAUCCUGCCUGUGUAUGCAGCCGUUGAUGAGCUUGGCUUGAGUGACAAGAUCUCCGGACCUGUCGCAGCGGCCAAGAUCACGUCUGUUACGGCUCUUUCCACCAUGUCUGACCUGCCCGAGGGUAUCUUCGAAUCCGCGCCUUCAAUGCGAGUCAGUGCCUACGACACUUGGAACUCAACCUAUACGGCGAUUGAGAUCGGCGACCCAGAAGCUUCCAGCAUUCAGUUGGUUGGUCUUUUGAAUCCUGCCAGUGAACAGGCUCAGCGAUGGGCCCCGAUUCUGAAGGUCGUUUCCGAACUUGAAGGCGUUUACCUGAAGCUCUUCCUCAACCCAAAAGAUAAGAUUGACGAGCUGCCAGUGAAGAGAUUCUUCCGAUACGUUCUUGAGUCCGAGCCCACCUUUGAUCAGGCUGGCAAGGUGCGAGCUCUCGAGGCCUCUUUCAAGAACUUGCCUUCUGAAGCGCUUCUCAACGCUGGCAUGGAUGUCCCUCCUUCAUGGCUAGUGGCGCCCAAGAUCUCCGUGCACGAUCCUGACAACAUCAAGCUGAGCUCUGUCAAGACAAAUGUUUACGCUUCUUACGAGCUGGAGAGUAUUCUCAUUGAAGGCCAUUCUCGUGAGGGUGGAGCCACGCAACCCCCACGCGGUGCGCAGCUUGUGCUGGGCACUGAGAAAGAACCUCAUUUCGCCGACACUAUUGUCAUGGCGAACCUUGGCUACUUCCAGUUCAAGGCCAAUCCAGGCUUCUACAACAUUCAACUUAAGCAAGGAAAAAGCUCUGAAAUCUACACCAUCGAUUCCAUCGGCGCCAAGGGAUGGACACCUGUGCCAGGCGACGAAGGCACUGAGGUGGUGUUGAUGGACUUCCAGGGGACAACUCUUUACCCGCGCUUGUCGCGUAAGCCAGGCCAAGAGGAGGCCGACGUCCUCGCUGAGUCACCCGAAGACAACAGCAUUGUCGGUCGCGGCCUUAAGUUCGCCGAGGGCAUCCUCGGCAAGAAGACCAAGUCUGUCUCAGACGAGGAACACGCCGAAAUCAACAUCUUCUCCGUCGCCAGUGGCCAUCUCUACGAGCGCAUGCUCAACAUUAUGAUGGUCAGCGUCAUGAAGAACACGAAGCACACCGUCAAGUUCUGGUUCAUCGAGCAAUUCCUCUCCCCGUCCUUCAAGGACUUCAUUCCCCACAUGGCCAAGGAGUAUGGCUUCAAGUAUGAGAUGGUGACCUUCAAGUGGCCGCACUGGCUCCGCCAACAGAAGGAGAAACAGCGCGAAAUCUGGGGCUACAAAAUCCUCUUCCUCGACGUCCUCUUCCCCCUCUCUCUCGACAAGGUCAUCUUCGUCGACGCCGACCAGAUCGUCCGCACAGACAUGAUCAACCUCGUCAACCACGACCUUGAGGGCAAGCCCUACGGCUUCACGCCCAUGUGCGACUCCCGCACCGAGAUGGAGGGCUUCCGAUUCUGGAAGCAGGGCUACUGGGCUAACUACCUCCGUGGCCAACCCUACCACAUUUCGGCCCUCUACGUCGUCGACCUCCGUCGCUUCCGCGAGCUCGCCGCCGGGGACCGACUGCGCCAGACCUACCACUCGCUCAGCGCCGACCCCAACUCCCUGGCCAACCUGGACCAAGACCUGCCGAACCACAUGCAGUUCCAGAUUCCCAUCCACAGCCUACCCCAGGAGUGGUUGUGGUGCGAGACUUGGUGUUCGGACGAGAGCCAGCGCGAGGCCAAGACGAUUGAUUUGUGCAACAACCCGCAGACCAAGGAGCCCAAGCUCGACCGCGCGCGCCGCCAGGUUCCGGAGUGGACUGUGUACGAUGACGAGAUUGCCGUGCUCGACCGCAAGCGUAAGGGUCUGCCGGCCGAAGCGCCCAAGAAGGAAGAUAUCAAGAGCGAGGGCGAGAAGACGGUCGAGGAGAAGAACACGAAGAGUCGGAACUGGGAGGAGCCGCCUGCCGAAAAGACGCACGUAAUAGACGAGCUGUAG